AUGGUCUGUGUGUCCCGUCAGGAAGCGCACAUGGAGGCGGGAGCGGCCAUGGCGCUGUCUCAGCUCCUCGUCUUCCUCACGGCUCGGCUCUGCUGCGCCUCCCCGCCGGCGGCGGGUCCCGUCCUGCAGGAGCGGCCCUUCGUGGUGGUGUGGAACAUGCCCACGGCCAACUGUCAGAGGCGCCACGCCGUCCGGCUGGACCUGGAGCCAUACGGGAUCCUGGAGAACAAGAGGCAGCACUUCCAGGGACAGAAAAUGACCAUCUUCUAUCGGGACCGUUUGGGGGCGUAUCCGUACCUCUCCCGGGACGGCCGGACGGUGAACGGAGGCCUCCCCCAGCGGGCCGACCUGGCCGCCCACCUGGCCCUGGCGGAGUCGCAGAUCUCCGUCCCGCUGCGGCCGAACUUCUCCGGCCUGGCGGUCAUCGACUGGGAGGAGUGGCAGCCCCUCUGGGCCGGCAACUUCGGGUCAAAGAUGAAAUACCGCAGGCUGUCCAAACGGCUGGUGAGGCGGGAGAGGCCGGAUCUGACCGAGACGGCCGUGAAGUCUCUGGCAAAGCGGGCUUUUGAGGAGGGCGCCCGCAGGUUUCUGGAGGAGACGCUGCGCCUCGCCGUCAGACGCCGCCCCAAAGGAUUCUGGGGCUUUUAUGGGUUCCCCUUCUGCUUUAACAAAAACAAGAGAAAGACAGAUAAAAUCUACACAGGGCGCUGCCACAAGGGGACCAGGCAGCAAAACGACCAACUGUCCUGGCUUUGGGAUCAGUCCACAGCUCUUUACCCGAGCAUCUACCUGCCCCCCGGGCUGGCGGGGUCCGAGGAUGCAGCUCUGAUGGUCAGACACCGACUUCUGGAGGCAUUGAGGGUGGCGUCGCUUUAUCGCCAUGGCAACAGCACCGCUCAUGCCACCCCCGUCCUUCCUUAUGCCCGGCUGGCGUUCACACACACUCUCAACUUUCUCAAUAAGACGGACCUGGAGCACACACUGGGGGAGGCCGCAUCACUGGGGGCAGCCGGAGUCGUGCUGUGGGGGGAGCUGAAAUUUGCCAAAUCCAGGAAGCAGUGCCUUCUCCUCAGAGACUACGUCCGCAGCGUUCUGGGCCCCUUCGUCCAGUCCCUCCGGUCAGACGCGCAGCGCUGCAGCCGGCAGCUUUGCCAUGGCAACGGGCGCUGCACCAGGCGGCGCCCCGGCUCCGGGCGCCGGCUGGCCCUGACCUCUGACCCACGAGAGAUCACCCAGCCCGCCGGCAGCGGGUAUUUUCGCAAACACUUCGCAUGUCUGUGCUACCCGGGCUGGGGUGGACAGCGGUGUCAGGGGAAGACGGACGGGAGCAGACAGAGGGACGAUUAGCCGGACCUCUCUGACCAGCGCUGUCAGUCAGAAUUAAGGGUCAGGCACACUUCCAGAGCACCCGGCUGCCCCUGGCUGGGAUAUUAAAACAAUCCUGAGUAAAUCCGUGUGAAUCUGUGUGUUUAUACAUUACACAUUUGAAAAAAUAAAGAAA